AUGUACGGCCUAAUUCUGGAAAAUAUGUCGGAGUACAUACGACAGGUGUAUGGGGAAGAUAGAUGGGAAGAGAUCCGGCGACAAGCAUCCGUAGAUCAGCCUAGUUUCAGUGUUCAUCAGGUUUAUCCUGAGAGCCUUAUACCCAGAUUAGCGAAGAAAGCUAUUCAGGUACUUGGCAUAACGGAAAAAGAAUUUUUCGAUCAGAUGGGUGUACACUUCGUAGGAUUCGUUGGCCAGUACGGUUAUGAUCGUGUGCUUUCAGUACUUGGACGUCAUGUAAGAGAUUUCCUUAAUGGAUUGGACAAUUUACACGAAUAUCUCAAAUUCUCCUAUCCAAGGAUGAGAGCUCCUUCCUUUAUUUGUGAAAAUGAGACUCGACAAGGCCUAACCCUCCAUUACAGGAGCAAACGACGCGGAUUCGUAUAUUACACGAUGGGCCAGAUAAGAGAGGUUGCUCGUCAUUUUUAUCACAAAGAAUUACAGAUCGAGUUGGUGCGUGAGGAGGUUCUUUUCGACACGGUACACGUCACCUUUCAGCUCACAUUCGAUAACAGGGCUUUCACGCAAGCUUCACUGGCAAUGACACGUGAGGAGAAGCAUUUGCCGAUAGGAGCUUCUGUCUUGUUUGAAAUAUUCCCAUUUUGCAUCGUUUUCGGAUCAGACAUGAUUGUAAGGAGCAUUGGAAAUUCCCUUAUGGUAAUAUUACCCGAUCUAGUUGGUAAAAAAAUAACAAAUUUUUUCGAUCUUGUUAGACCACUCAUUGCAUUUAAGUUUCAUUCGAUUUUAAACAGAACCAACAAUAUUUUUGAGCUGGUAACUGUGGAACCAAUUCUUACAGAACGACCACCGGACCGACAUAAAAAUGAAAUUUUAUUGAACGAUGAAUUUGACUCCAUAGAUGACAGAACUUUGAGAUUGAAAGGUCAAAUGAUAUACAUGGAUAACUGGAGGAUGAUGAUGUAUCUUGGUACUCCUGUAAUGCCAGAUUUGAAUGCCUUGAUCGCAACAGGUCUCUACAUAAAUGAUUUAUCCAUGCAUGAUUUUAGCAGAGAUUUGAUGCUUGCUGGUACACAACAAUCAGUAGAACUGAAAUUAGCCUUAGACCAGGAACAAUUGAAAAGCAAAAAAUUAGAGGAAUCAAUGCGAAAACUGGACGAAGAAAUGAAACGUACAGAUGAAUUAUUAUAUCAGAUGAUACCGAAACAAGUAGCAGAUCGUCUCAGGAACGGAGAGAGCCCAAUAGACACAUGCGAGAUGUUCGACAGCGUUUCAAUUUUAUUCUCGGACGUAGUAACAUUUACAGAGAUCUGCAGCAGAAUCACACCGAUGGAAGUAGUGUCCAUGUUAAAUGCGAUGUAUUCCCUUUUUGACACAUUAACGGAAAGGAACCGGGUGUAUAAGGUUGAAACAAUUGGAGACGCCUAUAUGGUAGUUUCUGGUGCUCCGGUGAAGGAAAAUGAUCAUGCAGAUCGUGUCUGUGAUAUGGCGCUCGACAUGGUUGAAGCGAUAACAGACCUAAAGGAUCGUUCCACCGGCUUUCAUCUUCAAAUACGAGUCGGAAUUCACAGUGGGGCUGUGGUAGCUGGUAUAGUGGGCUUAAAAAUGCCACGAUAUUGCUUAUUCGGUGAUUCAGUAAAUACAGCAUCUCGUAUGGAGGCGACUAGUCAAGCGAUGCAAAUACAUAUAUCACAAUCCACACGAGAAUUAUUAUCUCCCUCGUAUAAAGUUAAAGAACGAGGGGAGAUAGAAGUGAAGGGUAAAGGUACGAUGAAAACUUAUUGGUUAGAGAAAAGGGAGCACAGAUCAUCGUCAACGAAGGGAAUUACUAUUCAAGAACCACCCCAAUGGCAUACAAGAAAUACCGAGAAAAGGGUUUCAGCAGGGACGCCUGCUGGUUUCACAGCAACGUCUAUGUUUGAAAAUCAAAAGUGUUUGGAUACGUCUUCUAGGAGAGGUUCCAAGAUAGCUUCCCCGACACCUCCAGAUUCAUUGUUUUUCACUGAAGAAAGACGAAUUUAUUCGCCUAUUACAUUUCAAGACGUUGCUCGAAGAUCAGUUGCGAAUUCACCGACGAAAAAUAACGAUACAAGAGAAUGCAGAUCGAACUCAAUGGGGGCAGUGAUCACUAGAAACUCGGAGAUGUUCAGCUCCCUCUUAAGCGACACAGAGGAACACUUAAGACAGCAUAGAGACAGUCUAUCGCCUCGUGCGGAGAAUCGCUCAGCCGGCAUACACCUAAAACCGGAAGUGAACGUGAACGCGAAUUCUAGCUCUUCAUCGGAAGAAUACCACGAGGAGAAAGCCUCGUUGGUUAAUUUGAACACCAUGAAGCGAGACAAGAACGACCAUUGCGAGAAAGGCAAAGAAUAUUACUCAACGUUUCACAACGACAUCAGCAAUUCGCAGUCGUUGACACAACAGGAUCAGUGUUGUCCUGGCUUCACUAUGACGAAAAGUGGCAAAGCUCGCAAUCAGAAUAACACAUGUAGUAUUGCUUAA